AUGAUGAUGAUAUCGGCGGCGGCGGUAGAACAGUUUGGCCCGCGUGUCGAGAUCGGACCUAUGCGCUUUAUCUCUGGUCUCAAAGAGCAUCCGCUCACUAGUGGCUUCGCCGGAGAUGUACGAGACCCGAUCUCGAAUGGGUUUGAGGGAGGAGUGCAUCUAUGUAUGCCUGGGAACUACUUUUGGCACAAAGCCUAUGGGAUGGUUCAUCCUCAGAAAAGGAGGAGGAGAAGGGAAUCGGAGGCUGAUCCCGAUCCCGAUCCCUUCGUUCCCAUCUCCGCGCAGAGCUACCUAUGUCUCCAUGGGAUGUGGGAUCUAUGUAAUUGGAGGAAUGAUAGACCCCAUGACGACAUCAUCGGGUGUCUCCUUCCUGGAUUGUCGGACUCACACGUGGAGCCAGCUCCCCUCCAUGAGAUUUGCUCGCCGUGA